UGACUGACUGACUGUUUUGUUUACAUCUUAUUUCAUAGACUUAUUUUAGGUUAUAUUUUUAAUUAUAGAAUUUAAAAGUUGCUAGUGCUUAACUUGAAAAUAGUGAAUUAAGCCACAAAAUGCCUACAUGGAACCAAAUUCAAUCGCAAUUGAGAAACCCAAAUAACCCUGUUGUAUUUUUUGAUGUCAACGUCGGAACUACGGAAAUAGGCCGAAUGAUUUUUGAGCUUUUUGCUGAUGUAGUGCCAAAAACUAGUGAAAACUUUAGAGAAUUUUGUACCGGUGAAUACCGACGAGAUGGUGUUCCACUGGGAUAUAAAGGAGCUACGUUUCACCGCGUAAUAAAAGAUUUUAUGAUACAAGGGGGAGAUUUUGUAAAUGGCGAUGGAACAGGAGUAAUGAGUAUUUAUGGAGGAAGUACUUUUGCUGAUGAAAACUUUGCGCUUAAACAUGAUUCACCAGGACUCUUGUCUAUGGCUAACAGUGGCAAAGAUACAAAUGGUUGCCAAUUCUUCAUCACAUGUGCUAAGUGUAACUUCUUAGAUAAUAAGCAUGUUGUGUUUGGAAGAGUAAUAGAUGGUUUAUUAGUUAUGAGAAAAAUUGAAAAUGUACCCACAGGUCCAAACAAUAAACCAAAAAUACCAGUAACAAUAUCUCAGUGUGGACAAAUGUGAAAAAAUGUGUUAAUACAAUUAAAUACAUAUAUUUAAUUAUAAUUAAGAAUAAUAUUAUAAGCCAACUAAUAAGAUUUUUACUUUCAUAAAAUAAAUUUUUUUUGGGUCAUUUAA